CUUUUUGACUAAAGAGCGCUUCCGCCCCUUAGGAGCAUUUGAUAUCAAUAUAUCAUAUGUGAUUGUCUUUCAAUUAUUUAAUUAUUUCGACAGUUAAAUUGAUUACAUAUUUUCCGCAUGCAUCAAGAUGGUCUGAAUUUAUAAGCAGCUAAAAGACUAUGCAAUGGUCAGCAUAUAUCCAUUCUCAUCUUCCUGCAUUGCUCUGAGGUCACCUUUUUUGCCAUAUGGUAGAGGAUCAGAGUGCACAGACCAUGAAACACUAAUUUAUUUCUGCAUCAGCUAUGCCUUUUUCUCCAUUGUCUUCAUUUCAUUUGCCUUCAUUGUUGGUUUUAUGAGAAGCUCUGUCUCACCAGCAUUGGAAGAUCGUUCCCUGGAAUCUUGGCAUCUCCUGGCAACUGUUCUGCUUUUCUUCUACUUUGACAUUGUUGAUUUUCUUGUCAAUUGCAUACACAUGAACAGGGAAAUUAGACUGAUUCUGUGAUCCUGGCACACUCGAGAGAUGGAUCCUUUGAUAAAUGAUACCAGUGGAAAAUGCUUCCUUUGAGGACUGCAUGUGAGAUAGGACUUGAGAACUAAAGUGUGACAUUAAAUGUAGUAGUCUGCCUAGUAACUUGUGAGAGUGAAUACAGUUGUUAUGAAGCUUUUCUUGUCUUUCCUGCAAAAAUAGAAAUAAACUGCAUUCUUUUAGAACUCAAAACUGUCUCUGUGAGCAGUAGGAAUAUGAUGACAAAUAAAAGAUACCUUGAUGUUUGAAAAAAAGUUGCUUAGAAUGUACAGAAAAAUACCAGUGAACAAAUUCUAAAGCACACUGAAAAUAAAAGAGGAGACACCUCUACUUAUUCUGUAAUCUAGCACAAGAGACAUAGCAGUAAUUGCAGAUUUUUUAAAAAAUCCAAACAAAAUCACCUACUGACAAUGACUUCAGGAAAUAAUCCCCAGAAUCUCAGGCUUUCAACACGAGGCUCAGAUUCUGGGGUGGUGGAGAUUUCCAGCUUGUCGGGGUCAGAAACUUCAAUCCAUGAAGGUACAGCUCCAUGCACUCCGCUGAGUCCAAGUUCUGCCUUUGUGCAAACCACAAUUUCUGAUGUGACAAACAGUUUCCUAGAUGCUGUUGUCUUUUGUCACUGGGACAACAUUUUGGGUCCUCGCCUAGAGCAGGUGUGGCACAUCAGUGACCGUCCACAGCCUCAUCGCAACAUAUUACGAUUCAUCACAACGCAAGUUCUCAGCGGUGAGAUAUGCCGUGAACUUCAUACUGGUCAAGUGGACUUCAAAUUCUCUGACGUACCUGACAAGGGCAUCGUUGUUCCAUCGUUUGUGUUUUCAGCCGAAAGAGGAGGUGAUCUUGGACUACAUGCCAUUGCACUAGUCAUUCCAAAUUCAGAGCUCACAAUCUUCCUUCAGACUAACAACAUCCUACAAGCAUGGUUCACAAGGAUGAUUGCAAAGCUGAGAGUGCUUCUAAACAAAAGAAGGUUUGGAGAUAAAGACAUGCAACUUUUCACCUCCUGGCUUCAGAAAUGCCUUCAGAUGCUGUCGUCCUUACAAGAGGCUGGGUUACCUCACACCAUACACUUAACAUAUACAGCAUUAUGCCCAUCUUGCAACUUGGAACAGGAUUUUCUGCAGCAAGCAAUUGCAUCUCAUCUUAUGACAUUUGGACGAAGUAUAGUUGUGGGCCAUUUGGCUGACCGAGUCAAUCUGGUGGUCCACACUCUCUCCCUGUUCAGCUGGGAAUGGGAGCGAGCCUGCUCUCGUCAAGUCUUAGAUGGCAAGCAGUGGCCAUAUGCUCAUGAUCUUUGCAUACAAGGCCUACUGAAGAACAAAGAAGGUUCAUAUGAUUUACCAGUACAAGACUUCAUGUACAGCAAGUUCCCAUCCACCAUCAUUGACGUUCAAAAGAGAAAUGUACAGCAGACAAGUUCCCUUGUUGAACAUCCACGUCAAAGCUAUAUGGUGGCUGUUGAGGAACUAAGCCAGCUGUACCACGACAAAGCUGAAGCAUGCAGUAUCGCAGCUGUGUACCAGUCUGCAGACAUCCCUGAGACAUUGAUCAAAACUUUAUUAGAUGAGCUUCAUAAAUUACCGGUCCAGAGUGGAAUCCGUGAGGCCUUUAUUGCUCACUUCAUGCACCUCUUGCAACGCCGUGCUUUAACAAUGAUCAAAUAUGUUGAAGUAGAAACGCAAAAGGGAAGACAGCCUUUGAAAGGGGGCCUGAAGAAGCUGUGCCAAGAUCUCAACCUGUCAACAGAUGGUGACUUUCGCAUCAUUCUUGCUACUGCUGAAAAACUGAAGCCAGGGCUUUGUGAUAUUUUGUAUAGGGAAAAGCGCCAUGUAGCUGAUUACCUGACAAACAGUGGAGAAAUCUUUUAAGGACGGGCAUAUUAGGUAGUGUUAACAACUGGACAGCAGUGCCUUCAGCAGGGUUUUCUCUGUGAUCUGAUCUACUGUCAGUCUUUGCCUUGUCAUCAAGCUGUGAUGCAUAGACAUUGAUGUAAUAAAACUUUUUUUGUGCGCCACACUUUCGCUUUCAAAUAUAAGCACAAAUAUGAAUGUAUAAAAUUAAGCACAUUUUGUUGUUAAUCAAAACAUCUGAAUGUUGCAAAUUGUGCAUUUGUGAUUAUGUCUUUCCAUAAUCAUCAUUUUUUAAAUGAGGAUAAUGUUGUGAACAACAGGAGGAAUGGGCAAUUUGUGUUUUACACCGAGCCAGUAGCUAAGGUUAUAUCAUGACAAAGCAGCAAGCCCUGUAAACAUGUAUCACUCAUAGAUUAAGAACAGCAUACCCGAGACGUGUUCAAGAGGGAAUUAGUGAUAUUGUUUUAGUUAUAUAGUUUUUCGUCAGCCUAUCUUCAUAUUUUUCUUAUUUUUGUUUUGUUCUUGUCAUUCAUCUUGCAUUUUUGUUUUGCAUGUAAAGUUCCAUUCAUGCUUUGUUAUUUAUCUUUCUGCCUUGAGGAUGGAAUUGUCUCGUGAAUAUUAACUUCCUCCUCCAGAUUUGAUGCAAAUAAUGGAUUUUGUGAAGAAUGUAUUUUUUUUUCUUUGACGAUACUACAUGUAUUUGGCAUGUCUUGGGACAUCAGCUUUCUUUUUGUUUUGGAGCUGUACUUUAACCAGUCCAGGCAGAAUCUAACAUUCCAUAAAUAAAUGUGUGCAGCCUAUGCUCAACAGUUACUGUAAUUUAGAAACAGGGCUGAGAAUGUUGUAGUGUUAAUUGAAGACGAAAAAAGAAAGAUUGGAAUCAUUGUACACAUUGUCUUCAGUUUUGCUAAUUAAACGAUCAUUCUACUGUG